GCACAUAUCUUAGUCGGGGAUCGGCGAGGAGAAUUUUUCCUGGGGGCCUAAUAUUCAGCCGAGGAGGGAGAGGAUAGAGGCAAUCUACCUGGUUAUUGGGUUACUAUGGCGAGCACUGGCAGGCACUCGGGAUUCUUGCUACUGGUGAUUUUUCUACAAAUAGUGCGACCUGGUUUAACUCAAGAUGUACCAGAUGAUCUAGGUCUCCCAGGUCCGGCUGGAGUCCCGGGAGUGGAUGGGAUCGACGGCCCUCGAGGUCCGGAUGGCCCCCCGGGUCCGCCGGGUCCGAAAGGUGAUCCAGGUCUGAAUGGCGUGAUCGGGUCGGUGGGAAAGGCAGGAGAAGAUGGACCAACAGGACAACAGGGGGUUUCGGGGCUAUCUGGGCAACCUGGAUCAAAGGGUGAACCUGGAGCAAUUGGAUCGUCUGGAGCUCCCGGUGAGGCAGAACCGGGGCAGAGUGGGUCUGCUGGUCCAUCUGGACUUCCCGGUGAACUUGGUCGUGUUGGGUUUCCCGGUGAUCGAGGACCUCUGGGACUACCUGGACCACCAGGGCCUCCUGGACCCAAAGGACUUCCAGCAGUAACGCGCGCUGAAGGCAGUGGUGAAGCUCUGUGCCCUAAUGCAUGCCCUCCAGCCCUUCAAGGCUACACUGGUCUUCCGGGAAUGAAGGGUCAUAAAGGUGCGAAAGGUGAAUCUGGUGAACCAGGCAAACAAGGACAUAAGGGAGAAGAGGGUAAAUCGGGAGAACCUGGAGAACUGGGUUCUCAAGGCCCUCCGGGACCACAAGGCACAAGAGGAUUUAGUGGCAUGGAAGGACAAAAGGGUGAUAGGGGAGGUCGUGGAGGGGUCGGUGAACCUGGUGGCAUCGGUCCUUUUGGCUCAAUUGGAGACAUAGGAGAGCAAGGUCCACUGGGUGAGCCUGGCCCCAAGGGUGAUCUGGGUCGCCCUGGCCCCAGGGGAAAUUCAGGCACUCCUGGAUCAAAGGGAGAAUCUGGUUUACCUGGUGUUGAUUCGCGUGAUGGUAUCCCUGGAAUGCCUGGAUCAGUGGGUGAAGCUGGCAAGCCGGGUACACAAGGUGAAGCAGGACUUCGUGGUUUGCCUGGUUUGCCUGGAAUGCCAGGACUUCCCGGUACAAUUGGAACAAAGGGAAAACAAGGUCCCUCUGGAUUGAUUGGUACAAUGGGAUUCCCUGGCAGACCUGGUGCUCAGGGACCUCGAGGUGAUCUAGGGGAACCUGGCCUUGUCGGUUCUCCGGGUGGUAGAGGCCCAGCUGGUUCCCUUGGUCCUCCAGGUCCACAUGGCCCACGAGGCUCCACUGGUGAUAUUGGUUAUCCUGGUCUUCCAGGUCCCAAUGGGUUGCUUGGUGCUAAAGGUGACCGGGGUUCGGUCGGCUUUACAGGACCAAAAGGUGAACAUGGUCCUGCUGGUGGAGAGGGUAUUGAUGGCCAGAAGGGUGUGAUGGGUGAUAUAGGAGGCCCAGGUCCCAAGGGUUCUCUUGGUAAAGCGGGUCUGGCUGGAAGCCAUGGCAAAGAAGGUUUCCGUGGACUGCACGGUACAGAGGGAUCACAAGGACCAAAGGGAUCACAAGGGUUGCAUGGAUAUCGUGGAUUUACAGGCUUACCUGGAAAGCAGGGUCUACCUGGUAAAGCACCAACUGACCAGCACAUUAAAGCAGUGUGCAUGAGAGUAAUGCAAGAACACCUGGCUCACUUGGCCGCCAGCCUGAGGCGACCUGAAUCUGGCAUCAUGGGUAUGCCCGGACGUCCUGGACUACCUGGAACUCCAGGCCCAUCUGGAGAGAAUGGCUUCCCAGGACAAUCAGGAGUUCGUGGGCUGAAUGGCCUUAAAGGUCCACCUGGCAUCAUUGGUUACAAAGGACCAAAAGGUGAACAAGGUGAUAGGGGUGACAAAGGACUGUCAGGAAGAGGACCCAGGGGAUUGCCCGGGCAACAAGGUCUACAAGGGGAGCCUGGCAAGAAUAGCUUUGGCAGGGAUGGCCGUGAUGGUGAGAGAGGCCCACCUGGAAAGGCAGGGCAGUCGGGUAUUCCUGGUUCUCCUGGCCGUGCGGGUCCUCCUGGCUACUGUGAGUCCUCUGCCUGCACACAAGCUUUACGGGCACCACCACCAGAAAAUGUAAAAGGACCAUGAACUAUUGAUGUGUAACUCUUUGGAUGUGGAGCAGAUUGCAGAAAAAGAAAAAGAACUGAAACCCACAUAAACUUUAAUCUGGGAAAUUGACUUAUGUUUUGAUUUGAAAAAGAUAUUGUACUUGACAAUCUAAUUGAAACUAAUGGUGCUCCAUAAGUGACUGGACCAUGAUUCUCCAUUGGAUGUACAUUGAAAUUAAAAGAUUACCAAAAGAAAAUGUACUUUCGAUAAUUUCCUGAUACUUCCCUUCCAUGGUGUGUUACAGAGUCCCCAUUAUUUUCCAAUAAAUAACUUAAAAGAGAAGAUUGUGUUAAUUAUUACCUCAGAAAAAAUAUCUUCCAUUUCAUCUUGUAAAAUUUUAAAAUUUAGCAGAAUUAGGGAAGCCAACUGAUGAAGCUUUGCUGAUCUGUUUGUACGAUAAUGUAUACUAUAACUAUUAACAAAAACUCAAGUUCCAUUUUGUACAGAAAUGAUUGUCAGAGACCAUUCAUAUAAAAGCAUGCCACACAGGGUUGCUGCGUGCUCUGUAAACAUCUGAUUCUGGAAUUAUUCAAGGGAAAUUUUCUUGGUACACAUUAUUUAACAAGUAUGAGUGAUGAAAAUUUAAUCCUAGCAACUUUGGUUUAGUGUACAUGAAGUAUUUUGAUUUCUACUUGUAUCCUGCUUAAGGUCCUUGGUUAAAUUUAGCAACUUAACAUUGUCAAACCAGAGUUUCAUUUAUGGAAACUGAACAAUUAAUACAUUAAAGGCCUGUUAUUUAUUUUUCACUCUAAAAUUAUAUUGUUAUUGUUGCAGAAAAAUAUAAUAAAUGCAGAUUUCUUCAAAUAGUGCAUGCUUUUAUAUGAAUGGUCAGUUCAAAUAAUUAACAGUCUAAUCAGUCAGCACAACUAUGCAAUUGUUGCAUGAUAUUCUCAGAUUUUUUUCCUAGACCAGAGAUUUGCAGUGUACAUGUCUUGUGUUCUUUGUAAAAAAAAAAAAAAUUAUUGAUUAAAAGUAUCACACCAUUUAUUUGCAA